UUGGCCAUUUUUCUUUUGGGAAAAGAGGCAAAAAGGUGAUGAAACGAGUCCUCAUUUGAAGAAAGGGUGAAAAGCCUCAAACUUGAAGCUUGCUUGAUUAGGAAAUUUUGUGGGUGAGGGGAAUUUGGCAGCUUUUUUUUGAAGGAGAAGAUACUGUUUUCAUGCUUACACUGUAAAGAAUCUGUGAAGAAAUGGACUUAUAGGAAUGGAUCCUCAGGCCUUUAUUAGGUUAUCGAUUGGAUCUCUGGGAAUUAGAUUUCCCAGAAGUGCUGCCGAAGAAUCUGGUAUUUGUUCGUUCUCUUCUCCAUGUGUAUGUGAGAUCCGCCUCCGUGGUUUCCCUGUGCAGACAACACCAAUCCCUUUUAUACCAUCUCCUGAAGCAGCUCCUAAUUCUCACAGUGUCUCGUCCAGCUUUUAUCUCGAAGAAUCCGACUUGAAAGCACUCUUGGCACCUGGAUGUUUAUAUGCCUCCCAUGCGAGGCUCGAGAUAGUGGUUUUCACGGGGAAAAAGGGUUCUCACUGUGGUGUUGGUGUCAAGAGGCAACAAAUUGGAGCUUUUAAGUUGGAUGUUGGUCCUGAAUGGUGCGAAGGAAAGCCAGCUAUUCUUUUCAAUGGCUGGAUUGGCAUUGGCAAGAACAGGCACGGGACAGGGAAACCAGGAGCCGAGCUUCAUAUGCGGGUGAAGCUGGACCCUGACCCUAGAUAUGUUUUCCAAUAUGAAGAUGAGACUAUGUUGAGCCCGCAAAUUGUUCAGCUUCAAGGCAAUGUCAAGCAGCCUAUUUUCAGCUGCAAGUUUACUCGAGACAGGGCAUCCCAGGUUGAUCCACUGAGCAACUUCUGGUCAAAUGCAGCUGAUGGUUUGAACCAAGAUAUGGGGAGACGAGAGCGAAAGGGGUGGAGGGUGAAGAUACACGACCUAUCCGGCUCAGCUGUUGCAGCGGCCUUCAUAACAACCCCUUUUGUGCCAGCAACGGGUUGUGACUGGGUGACGAAGUCCAAUCCGGGAGCCUGGCUAAUCGUGCGUCCGGAUCCAUGCAGCCCCGAGAGCUGGCAGCCAUGGGGGAAGCUCGAAGCCUGGCGUGAGCGAGGAGGAGUCAGAGACUGCAUCUGCUUCCGCUUCCACGUCUUCUCAGAUGGGCAGGAAGGAGGGGAGUUUCUGGUUUCAGAGGUACUGAUCAACGCGGAGAAAGGUGGGGAGUUCUUCAUAGAUACUGACAGACAGGCAGUAACGCCAUUGCCGAGCCCACAGAGCAGUGGAGACUUUGCAGGGCUGAGCCCCGUUGCUGGUGGGUUCGUCAUGAGCUGUAGGGUGCAGGGGGAAGGGAAGUUGAGCAAGCCUCGCGUGCAGCUCGCAAUGAGACAUGUCACGUGUGUCGAGGAUGCCGCCAUCUUCAUGGCACUCGCUGCUGCCGUUGAUCUUAGUAUAGAGGCGUGCGUUCCCUUUCGUAGAAAGAUUCGAAGAGGCAGCCAUUCUUGGUGAAGAAAGAUAGUAUUAUUCAGUUUAAGAAAAUAGUUUCCUCUGAUUAAUGGACCACAUUUUUGUACAGAAUCAACUUGAAUUAGAUGUGGAGACUAUGUUACUGCUAAUUAUCCAAUUUUUGGUUAAAAUUCUA